GGCAAAAUUUUUGUCAUCUAGUGAAAACAAGAGCAGAAUUUCGUUAAAAAGCGAAAUAACAUAAUUAGUUAGUUAUUAUUAAUAUUUAAGCAUUUAGAGGCACUUAGUACGCUGCAAUCAAGCUUUAAUCAUGGGUGGGGUGCUUAGCUAUUUUCGCGGCCUGCUUGGUUCCCGGGAGAUGCGUAUUUUAAUAUUGGGCCUUGAUGGCGCCGGAAAAACUACAAUAUUAUACAGGCUACAGGUCGGUGAGGUGGUCACAACGAUACCCACAAUCGGCUUCAACGUGGAACAGGUCACAUACAAAAACCUUAAGUUCCAGGUCUGGGACUUGGGCGGACAGACAAGUAUUAGACCUUAUUGGCGUUGUUAUUAUAGCAACACUGACGCCAUUAUCUAUGUGGUCGAUUCGGCAGACCGUGAUCGCAUAGGUAUUUCGAAAGAUGAGCUGUUGUACAUGCUGCGCGAGGAAGAGCUCGCCGGCGCAAUACUUGUUGUGCUUGCCAACAAACAGGAUAUGGAAGGCUGUAUGACCGUG